AUGUCGGAUCCGUUUUCCAUUGCCUCGGGAGUUGUGGGUAUCGUUUCGCUUGGACUUGAAGUCGUCAAAGGUCUUCAUGAGUACUGCAGCACUCUGAAGGACCAGAGUGCCGAUAUCGCUCGCGUCCACGAUAGCCUGCUGCGCCUUCACGAUCUGCUCGGCAAUCUGAGGAAGCAGCUUGAUGCCCGAAGGUUUCGUUCCGACGACGUCAUCAUCUUGGCUUGUAUCGAAGGCCGCAUACUUCAAUGCAAAGAAUGCAUCGAGGAGCUGAAGAAAGUGGCCGACAAGUUUAAUCAGUCCCACAACAAUGGUUUUAGAGCUGCUCUGAAAGCAAAAGUGCGACGAGCUACAUACCCUUUUCAACGGAGCACGCUACAGAAGCUUGAGGGAAACGUCGACAGCAUCUUUCAGCAGGUUUUUUUCUCGAUGCAGCUCCUGCAGAGCGGGGAUACCAGCAGCAUUCGCAACCAUGUCGAGGACACAAGAGAUCUGCUUAAAUUGCACCGGGCAAAUAACGUGGCCCAGGACAUCAUCAAAUGGCUCAACGCACCAGAUGCCACUACGGACUUCUACAUGGCUCAUGAAAAGUCACAGCCUGGGACGGGCGCUUGGUUCACCAAUGGCAAGCUUUUCAAUACUUGGCUCGAACAAGAUAACUCGCUUCUGUGGCUUUACGGCUUCGCUGGCUGUGGCAAAUCGAUAUUGUGCUCCACAGUCAUCCAACACAUUCUCCAACGACAGAUUUCCGGCCAAGAUAUCGGUGUGGCCUUCUUCUUCUUCGCUUUUGACGAUACUGGGAAACAAAAUGCAUCCGCUCUUUUACGUGCUCUGAUUCUACAAUUAUCUGGACAACAAAGCAACAUUUCGCCUUCCUCGCACCUCUCGUGCCUGUACGACAGCUGCCACAACUCGGUCCCAAGAAAUCAAGCACUACUUGACUGUCUGCACCGUUUGUCCCGGUCAUUCAAGCAUACAUACAUUGUUAUAGAUGCCCUUGACGAAAGUCCACGGAACGAGCAUCGCCAGGAUGUACUGGAUGUUUUGACCACGAUGCGUGGGUGGGUGGAGCCCAUGAUCCAUCUCCUGGCCACCAGCCGGGACGAAGUCGACAUCCGGGACACUCUUAAUCCCUCGCGAGACGAAUCUGUUGCGGUCAGAAAUGAGGCCUCCGAUAAAGACAUUGCGCUGUAUAUCACGCAGAGUCUUCGGAAUAAACCACAACUACGCAAGUGGAAAGGGUUCCAUGGACGGAUUGAGACCACUUUAACAACCCAAGCAGAUGGAGUUUUCAGGUGGGUUGAAUGUCAGCUCCGAGAAAUUGCCGUCUGCCCUAGAACUGAAGAACAUCUUGAUAAGCUGCUCACUUCGCUUCCACGAACAUUGGACGAGACCUAUGAGAAGAUGCUUCUUGCAAUAACACCAGGCUUCCAAGAUUACGCGCGGCAGAUGUUGAUGUUGUUAUGCUGUGCCAAAAGACCUUUGACCGUAGAAGAGCUCAUCUACGGGAUGGCAGUGGAUCUCGGUUCAGUUGGGUCAAGAUCUGAAGACACCGACUCAGAAGAUGUCGACUCAGACCAUGUCGGUUCAGAUGAUCACUUUUCAGAUUAUCACUGCCAGGUGGCAGUUUUCAAAGACAAACGGAUGCUGCAUGAUGCGGAUGCUGUUCUAGAAGUUUGCCCUGGCUUCAUUGAACUCUAUGAUGGCCGUGAUGCGAACCAGCACAAGACUGGUUGCGUACGCAUCGCUCACUUUUCUGUCCAGGAGUACCUCAAAUCGAAUCGCAUUAAGAAGCGGGAACGCUUCGCUCAAUACCACAUGCGAGAACAAGACAUGAACACCCAAGCAACACGGAUUUGCUUGGCCAUCUUGAAUAAGUUUGACGACUCAGAUGCGCUGCAAUUUGACGACUCAGAUGCGCUGCAAGUACCAGGUCGAACUCACAUGGAUUGGGAGAUUUUUGCCCGUGACAUUAUGCUAGUCUUACCUUGGGCGGCUUAUGCGCUGGAAUUCUGGCCAGAGCACUUCAGAGAGAGCAAACGGAUACCGCCGGAAGCUAUAAGCCAAAUGCUUCGGUUUUGCCCGUACGCUUUGAAAUUCUCCACUUGGAUUUCAUGUAGAGACCGAUACGGAGACUUCGUUGAGUAUAAUCCUCUUCAGUACUCAACUUAUUACGGGCUCUCCUCGGUGGUGUCUGUACUACUUCACGAGCCCACCACAAACAUCAACGAAAUUACUGGCACGACGUCUUUGAUUGUCGCGGCAAAAGUGGGAAACACAGACCUUGUGCGGCUUUUGCUCGAGCGUGAUGUUGAUGUCAAUACCUCCGACGGAGGUGCACUCACGACAGCAGCAUCAACAGGCCAUGUAAAGAUAGCAAAGCUUCUUCUCGACCACGGUGCAGAAGUCAAUGCACGCAGCGGAAAGGCAUUAGACGCGGCAGUGGAGGGGGGCCAUUUAGAGAUGGCGAAACUUCUCUUCGAUUACAGCGCCGAAGUCAAUGCCAGCGGUGGAAAGUCACUGGAACAGGCAGUGUGGCAAGGCAAUUUGGAGAUAGUGAAGCUUCUUGUCGGGCGCGGUGCCGAAAUUAAUGCCGGGGGUGGAAUAGCACUAACAUCCGCAGCAAACGGUAAUCAUUUAGAAAUCGCGAGACUUCUUAUCGAAGGCGGUGCCGAAAUCAACAGCAGCGAUGGAGAGGCACUGUGGCACGCAGCUGCAGAAGGCCACUUCGAAAUGGCGAAACUUCUUCUCGAAUGUGGUGCUGAUGCAAAUCUUAGAGGGAAGUUUGGGAAGGUAACCGCUUUGGGGACAGCCAAGUCGUCCAAGAAGCUUAAUUUCAUCCGUCUGCUUCUCAGCCACGGUGCUGAGGUCAACAAUGGGGGCAACGGACUCCUUCUGCACGAGGCUGUGGUAGGUGAGGAUGAGGAUUGCUUGCGACUUCUCCUGGAACAUGGCGCCGAGGUAGAUGUUGCCAGCUACGAUGGUAAGACUGCGUUUCUCAGAGCUGUAGAAGUGGGCAACGAGGGGUUUGCACGGCUUCUUUUGGAAAAGGGGGCGGAUCCAAACGCCGUUGAUAAGUUUGGUAACACUGCCCUGCUACUAGCGGCCCAGGGCGGUUAUCAGGAUUUGGUCACCUUUCUCUCGGAUCCGUCUACCGGAAAAUAG